GAAUACUUUCUGGCGCUGUCCUUGCCGCAGUUAUUUUUAGUUCACUUGCACCAUCUAGUGGUGAUCACAAUGUCUUAUGUUUGCCAAAGAUUCUAAAGUUCUAUAUUUGAGCAUUCUAUAGUUCUAUUUUUAUACACAUACAUUCUGAAUUCAGACUGCUAUAAUACACUACUUGGUUACAUUGCUCGAUUGUUUAGUUCUUAUUUAGGAUUUACAGAAGUUUUCUAGCACAGUUUAGCAGUUUUUAGUUGAGUUUUCUGUAAAUAAAUCUUUUCUAGCUGUUAUACUGGUCUCUUGGUGAUACCUUGGAGCAAAUAUGGAUGACUCUACAUCCAUCCAAGGGUCUUCUUGGGUCGAUUGUUACCUUGAUGAGCAGAUGUUGAAGGUGAAGGGUCGCCAGAGACUCCAUGAGAUCGAGCAGGAAGUUCAUAGAGAGCUGAGCGUGACACUAAGCCAAUGUCACCAGUCCCCAGGAGAGGUAGCCAUGGAGGGGCAGCAGCUCCUGACUGACAAGGCCAAGCCAUGGGUUACUUCCCAUGAGCAUCUUGGUUCUGCAGCUCUGAUGGGUGGCGACACAGCAGGUAUGCUCUCAGAGAAACAGGCCCAACCUGAGAUCAGGUCAGAUGAGAUGCUCCAGGUGGAGUUCCUCAGCCAGACCCAGGUGGAGAUUCCACAGGAGGUCAGGGAGGUCAUGGACAGCCUGCUGGACAAGGUGGCGGAUGGAGAAGCCCAGGAGAAGAAGGCUGAGGUCUUCAAGGCAAACCUGAUCCCCUAUCCCUCCUCAUCCUCAGCAGUCAAUGUCAUGAAGGUCCUGGAGAGCCAGGUAGACAAGGAGAAGAAGGUUGAGGUCCUUGACCUUAGCACCUGUCCCAUACUCCAAACGGCCCUUACAGACAUUGAGACCACGAUGAAGACUGCAUACAAGACCAUGCCAAAGCAGAUUGUGGUACUUGGUUCUACCAUUAAGCAUAUCAUCACCCAGGUGCUUCUUCAAGUAGAUCCCCAAGCCUUUCAGGAGGGAGUCUAUUUGGAGACACCUGUUAUCAUCAACAACACCAAAGCUCUUCUGUGGUCUAUUCCCUGGGUUCAAGUAACUGAGGAUGAGGAGAUGUCUAACACUCAGCAGUCCAUUGAUGCUUAUGAGGUGGCCAAGGCUGUUAUCAACAACCUGGAGGAGGUGCUAGGCCCAAAACCUGUGCUGGCGAGAGCACUGGGAAUCAGGUCACACAUCUUGACAAGGUACAUUGUUCAUCUCGUAGGUCUAUGCAUUUCUAAGACAGUGCCUGAUGUUUAUGCUGCCAACGAAGAGGAGAGACAUAUUAGUCAGGAUAUGGUGAACAUCUGUCCUCUACCUGCUAGAUUGAUCAUUAGCGGAGAACUGUUCAAUGACUUCGUAGUGAAGUUUAUUCUAAAACUUCAUCCAAUGAACGGACACGGUACUAAACAGCUUGACCAACAGGCUCUGCUCUUACUGGUUGUUAAAAUGGCCUCAGUAGCUUUUAACAUCUUGAGGAAGAUUCCAGGUAUUUCUGUGGAUGAAAAGCUGUGCCCCCCCUUCUGCAACAUGAGGCAGACAGUGUUGCACAUGCAGAGUGCCAUGAUACAUCAGUUUGGCACAACAAUCAAGAUAAAAAAACUGGUUGCCAUGAAGGACCCGGUGAUCAUCUCCACCAUCCCCAGUGCUAUCUGUGAGGGGAUCCUAAUGGUGUACAAGGGCAUUAGUGACACCUAUCCGCUUCAAGUCCUCGGCCCACAGCGUCCAAUUGCCAGGAGCUGCGAAGAGGCAAUGGAGAGCAAGCUCUUUGCAGUAGCCCUACCCGAGGACCUUAGGAAGACCAUCUACAAUCACUACGGGUCCCAGGUCGGGAAACUGGCACUGUUCCAGAAGGCUUUCCCGUUGAAUGACCACAUCAAGUUGGACUACAUCCACCGUGUUUCUCUGCCUCGUUCCUCCAACAGAGAUGUAGUCUGGAUCGACCCCAAAUACUUUGUAGGGGACGACGAUGAGGAGGUUGUAACAUCAAGCAACACAGUCCCUGUUAAUCCUCUUGCUCUCGACGUCAGUCAGGCUGCUUUUUGA